UAUUUCAAGUUGACGUAAGUCAACAGAUCGAAAAGCUGGCUAAGCGGGAGCAUUCCCCCAGCUUCAAAGUCAGACAACGAGUCGGGGACCGGUUCAACGGUCACCAGGAUGAAACAGGAAUAAAUCGAGAUGGC